AUGUCAAAAAUAAAGAUAAAGCUGAAGGACAGAGACUCGCCGAAAAAUGAGCCGGGUCCAAAAGACAGCAAGCGUGAGGAGCUUGAAGAAUCCAGUAAAGACAAUUCCACCGAAACCAAAGAGGAGCUGCCAGAGAAAAAGGAAAAGAUAGACACAUCUGAAGAACCAAAAGAUAACAAAGAUAACCGCGGACGGCGACGGUCUAUUGCAGAAGAGCCAAUUGUGCUAACAGAAGAGGAACCUGACCUUGCCGCAAUGUUUGGGUUUGAUGGGUUUGGGUCGACUAAAAACAAAAAAGUCGCUGGUACCAAUUCGUACGGAGCCAACAAAAAGAGAAAGACAGAGUACCGUCAAGCAGCAUUGGCCUCUCUCAGUCUAUCGAUUUCUGCGGUGUCCACCUCCUUUUCCUUCUUGACCGUAGAAUCCACGUUGGUAAAGUUUGUAAACCACUUGGCUUCAGACUUUGUGAUGUCCAAGAACCGUUCAAGGUUGAAUUCUGGUGCUUUGUCGGCUUUUUCAAAUUUCUUGAACACAACGUGUCUUUGCAAUUCCGGCUCGUCAACCAGACUUCUCUUCAAAACGGGAAUUCCACGCACAGAACUUUUGGUUGGAGCAUACUUCAGACUGUCAGAUUUGAUUCUGAAAAGUUUAAGCGUGGAAACUGCCCCCGCAAGCGGCUUCAAUGUUCGCACAAUCUGUUUGGUAGCAACGUCCGAGACAAGCACUUUACCCUUACUGUCUCCCGAAAUUAGCUGCGAGCCAUCAAAUGAGAUCUCCAGCUUGGUGAUUGAGUUGCCCUCGGCUUGGUGGCUGACAAAAGUCUCGCGCAGCUCAGGAUCGUCUUUCAAUGUGAUCACCUUACCAUAG